AUAACUAUUAUGUAUUUAUGAGUUCAUUUUGUUGCUGCUGAAGAUGGGACAGAUUCUUUUUUUAGUAGUAGGGUUAUUGACCCUACAUCAACAUCUCAUUAUAAAAUAUGAAUACACUAAGUGAAUCCGAAAACAAUCUAAUCUGACAUUGUACAACGUGAACCAAUAUUUACGCAUUGCUGCUUAUCAUUUCUUCGGAUGAAUUCGAAGGGAGCGUCACACCCGCCCUCGCCCUUAAAAUCAAACGGCACGACCAAAAGAGAAAUGGAGCGCUCUCGAAAAUGGACAACCAAAACUUGCACUACGUUAAAAAUAGUAAAGUCAAACAACGGUAAAAUGGCGUUUAUUCUACUUCAACAUACAUUUAUCACAGGAUAAAUUAACAUCACUUGACACCUCCGUAUCUUAAGUUAAACAAAUGCCGGUAAACCAAUUUCUAUUUCUCCCCAAAACGAGCGAAGAUAAACUCCGCGUUAGUUCCCAGGCGUGAGCCGGAAAGUAACUACUAGAAGGUUGCUAGAUAGGCUAAUGUUUGAACACAAACAGGGGGAGGUGCGCACUUUUUCGCGACCUUUCAGAUGGCUGUACGCUGGCUAUGCAGCCUGUUUGGGAAGCCCUUUGAUGGUGGGAAGAGGAUGGACCAUGGCGGGCCGCAGCAGCAUCAGCAUCCGACGGAGCAGCAGCAGCCGUAUCACCAGCAGCACCCCGCCAUGACGCGGCUGUACGAGGUGCACAACGAGGUGACGUCUCUGGGGCCCCAGGUGUGCACCUUCAGCGGCCUGCAGGACGACCGCGACUACAAGCGCCUGGAGCGCGAGCUGACGCGCCUGCUGCUGCAGGUGGACCAGGUGGACACGGAGGGCAAGCCGGAGCUGCAGGGGGCGCGGAAGAGAGCGGCGCAGGAGGUGGAGGGCCUCCUGCGCUACCUGGAGGAGAACGCCACCCACCCGUCCCGCGCCGUCAUCGAGGAGGUGAGCAACGAGGCGCGGCAGCUGGUGAACGACCGCGUGGUGGCGCCGCAGCGGACCGGCGGCGCGGCCGAGAUCAACGACGAGCUGGUGGACGCCCUGCAGGUGAUGGUGCUGCGGCUCACGCAGGUGAAGACGGAGGGGAGGGUGCCGCUGCGCAAGGCGCGCUACCGGGCGCUGACGCGCCUGUGCGCCGUGCAGGACGUGAUCGAGGGGCGCACGGAGCAGCAGACGCUCUCGCUGCCGCUGCCGGGGGAGACCCACGAGGCCGUGCACCGCAUCAACCAGGUGAUGGCCAAGGUGAGCGUGGCGCGCGGCCAGCUGGUGGCGCUGCUCAUGGGCCUCAGCGGCAGGGACAGCUGCGCCCACCUGUCGCGCCUCCUGACGGAGAUGCAGGCGGAGCUGGACGCGAUGGAUGUAUCCGGCGACGCGGCCAUCCGAAACUACAGGAAGCAGGUCGUGGAGGAGAUAAACGGGCUGCUGAAGCACCUGGACCUGGAGGGGGAGGGAGAGGACACGCGCAGGUACGACCUGGGUCAGAAUAACUCCAUCCGGGAGAUCGAGGCGGUGCGAGCUCACGUCUCCCACCUGCGAGACGGCGUCCUGCGGCACUGCGUGAUGGGCGACCUGAGCUUCCGGCCCAAAGCCGAGCUGCAGGGCCUCCUCUCCCACCUGGACCAAGUGGACACGGCCAAGAACCCGUGCAUCCGGGAGGCCCGCCGCCGCGCCGUGGUGGAGGUCCAGGCCAUCAUCACCUUCCUGGACCUCCGCGAGGCCCUGGCUCGCCGCCAGCCGGGCCCCGGCGAGCACCCGGCGCACCGGGCCGUGUGGCUGGUCCUGGGGAGCCUCUCGGACCUCCAGGCCCAGGCGCUGGGCUUCGACGGCAAGCGGGUCGACAAGAGCUACAUCCUGCUGGAGGAGCUGCUGACCAAGCAGCUGCUGGCGCUGGACGCCGUGGACCCGCAGGGCGACGACACCACCAAGAUGGCGCGGAAGCAGGCGGUGAAGUUCGCCCAGAACAUUCUCAACUACCUGGACAUGAAGACGGACGAGUGGGAGUACUGAGGAGGAGCUAAUAACCUGUAUAUAAAAGACCAACUAAACUCUAACUGGUAUGCUAUCAUUCCAUGGGCUGUACAUACGGACUCUAAUCCCCAGAAUGCACUGCAGCAGCGCUUUCCUUUCGUCCCUUUUUUGUGGUAGAUGUUCUGAGGAGAACAAAGAACUGCUUUUGUGGAACACACAAAGAUGGAAGAUUUAGUUUCUUCUAUAAUCUCCCAGGUGUGUGCGAUGUGUUGUCUGUCAUUGUGUGUGUGUGUGUGUGUGUGGUUGUUGCAGCCUGCAGCCAAAGCACUAAAGUGAGUGGUCCUGUCCUCAGGGCGCUCUGCAUAUCGAUGAAGGGCGAUGCGUCGCUCGGUUUGUGGCUGUCGCGUCUGGCCUGAUGCCUCGUGGAGGCGACCUAAUUAGGGAGAGCCUCGUUGUCCGCGGCAACCGCCCCGCCGUGGGUGGCGGACCGCGCCCACUUACUUUGAUUUUUCUUGCCGUUUUGUGCAGAUCAAAUCAAACGUGGUCCGUUUCUGUUUUAGAAGCAACGUGAAAAGAAGAAAAAAAGAGGAGGCGGAGCUGAAGGCGUGUCCACACAAACAGUCGGACCCCAUGAGUCAGCUGACCAGGGAGGAGACGAGAGGACGCUGGAGGAGACGGGGGGGGGGGGGGGGGUGUUUUUUAAUUCCUGCUGCUGCUUUUAGUUCCUGCACACCGCUUUGUACCGAGUG